UUUCUUCAAAACUCGCUCACGUCUUCUCGUCGGUGGACGUGUAUUCUGUGUAUUUUCGUGUUUAUAAAAUAAACGUAUGUUCGGGAUUAGAAAAUUGUGCAAAGUGUUGUUAAAUUGCAGCUUCUGAUUAAAUAAUCUACUAUAAUGUGCAUGGAAAGGCCUGUCUUGUAGAAAUCACGUAAUUUUAUCGUCUUGGAUACAUUCGUGUCAUCGUCUUCGUUGUCAUAUUCUAUAGUGGAUGGUAUAGGGUGUAUGUGGGUGAAAGUGAGCGGUUUGUUCUUUGUCAGCACAGCUGUGGAGUGCUUGUGUGGUCUUAUCAGUGAAGGAAUUAGAAGCUCCGUGUUCAUGACCCUGACGGAAUAAUGGUGUCUAUAAUCAAAAAUCAAUUGCUGAAGCAUCUUCAACGUUACACCAAGAAUUUAUCACCCGACAAGGUGAACCUGAGUGCGUUCCGCGGUGAAGGUGAGCUCUCGAAUCUGCAACUGGAUGAGAAUGUACUGACGGACCUGCUAGAGCUGCCGUCGUGGCUGCGUCUCACGUCCGCCUGGUGCAAUCACGUGUCGUUUCGAAUAUCCUGGACCAAGCUGAAAAGCACGCCCAUAACGCUGACCCUUGACGAAGUAAACAUUACGAUAGAAACAUGUGAGAUUGCACGAAGUGGUACUCCUACGGCGGGGUUUUCUAGUAUAUCGGUUCCUCAAGGGAAGUAUAGUUUUAUCCACAAAGUCAUCGACGGAAUAACUAUUGUUGUGAACACCGUGAAUGUGAACCUGAAAAGUCCAGCCUUCACAGCAUCCGUACAGAUGUCACGAAUACGUGUAGAAUCACGCACACCCAAGUGGCUGCUUGGUGAUCUGCGGGUCACUAGGCUUAAAGACCCUAACCGGGGGCUGAUACUGAUAUUCAAAGAACUGUCCUGGCAAACGGUCCGUAUCGAAGCCAGCUCUACACAGGAUCAAAGUCUGACACCCCUGCGAUUGCUUACUAAUCAAGCGCGCUGUAGGAUAACUAUUAAGAAGAAAUUGUCUGAUUGUAGUAUAGUAGCUAGUAGAUUGGUUCUAAUAUUGGACGAUUUGUUGUGGGUAUUGACUGACUCCCAGCUGAAAGCAGCACUCCACUUUGUGGAUUCGUUAACAGGACUGAUCAAAGCAUCCACCAAUGUUGUUCAGAGAGCAAAAGCUCAACGAAAACUGGAAACUCUUCCAGAGUAUCAAGCGCAGCUGGCACAGUCUACGCGAGUACAGGACGUGCAACAACUGACGGCAGCUCAACGGUACUUCAACAUCUAUGAUGUUCGUGAAACUUCGUACCAUUUCUUUAGUCAACGAAUCGAUUUGCACCUUUGUGACGAUGCCGGUGUCGGCAGAUCUAGUCAUCCCAAUUUGAAAGAUGGUGGUGCUUUGCAGAUUUCCGUGCAAGGUUUUCAGAUCGAUUACUAUCCAUAUCAUUUGGCAAAAGCGGACCGUUCCCAUUGGCCGAAAUAUAAAGAAGCAACAGUUCCUCCUGCCCUUUGGCUUGAGCAAUCUCUGAAUACCUUCCGUGAAGCGAUACUAAAUUUAAGUCAACCCAAUAGGAUACCAACACAUCCUAGCUUAGAAAGAACUACAAAUUUCGGUCAACAAACACACACGGCUAACCAACAAUCGCAAAGAAAUCCACAGAGCAGUGGAGGUACACAAACCGGAACGAAUACCGGAGUAAAUACUCCCAGCUCUCCCGGAUCUCAAUCGACGUCUUCAUCACCUAUGAAAAAACACGUUCUCGACAACCUUGCCAAACUGAUGUGCGCAUGUGUUAUUAUGAAGGUAGAGGAGUUCUCCCUUUACCGUGUGACCACCUCCGGUAGAAAGCAGAUGCCAAAGGAGUUCAUUACCGCACUCAGCAAAAGGAAAAAAGGUGACAGGGACCGCUAUUCAUUACCACCGGAAAUGCCAACACUCCACGCCGAGUUCACUUACUUUUAUUAUCCCGGGGAUUUUGUGUUUCCAUUGCCACCAUCGAAAGCAUUCAUCCAUAUCAACCCGGUUCAGAUCAAUUUUGAUCUCGACAGCUGUUUGUGGUUUAGCUCUUUCGUUCUUAAUCUUCACGAAAGUUUACUUCGGACGAACAAUGUUACAAGUGGUAUGAGCUCCCCUUCCACGCCGUCCUCGGGAGCACACUCCGAACCACAGCCCAAUCUGAUGUACAUGGACGUGAAAGUGGAGGUCAUAAUGCCCAGAAUAGUGUUUGAAGCACCCUCGGGAGCUCCUCAACAGAGAGACCGCCCCAAGGCGAUGCAUGUGCAGGUGUCACGAUUCGCCUUGACAAAUAUUCGCGAAAUGGGCGCUUCACGUGCUGACUUAGCUCAAGCUAUUUCUUCGCUCCAGGAAGGAAGUCUAGUUUUUGGAUCGGGCUUCCCGUCGAAACCGGGAGAUUUGUGUAUAGUUACGGAUAGGAUUUUGUCGCAUAUUGCGGCUACUGAUGUCACUACAUCUGAUCAGCCCCUAUCACCUAAUAUGCAAUCGGCAUUUAGCAAUCUUACAAGGUAUGCAAUGUGGAGCGAACCACGUGAUGUGUGGUGUAUGAAACUAGACCCAGUAUGGGUGGACUUCUAUGGCGCACGAUCCGUAGGUCCAAGUCGAGCAAUACCGUUUGUAGAUGCCGUACCAAUCACCAUUUGGUUACACGGUCGGUCUGAUAUAGACAUGUUACCAAAUGACCUUACAGCGGAGCAUCGAUCGAAUCCAGACUCUGUUAAUAUUCCAGAUUUAACAGCAUCUCAUGAAAGCAUAAUCUUAUCAGUUGUCGGCCUCAAACAAUCACUAUUAGACCUGAAUGUUUCAAAUGGAAAUAUUCAACAGAAGUUUCGGCAGGAUAGCACGGAUACUAGUUCAUCAAAUCGUAGCUCCUUAUGUCAUCCGCCGUUGAUUGGCGAUAACGUAAAAAAGAAAGCACCAGGACGGAAUGAAAAUAUAAACCACUCUCCUUCAACUAAUCCCAACGUACCCGUAGAUAGUACUGCAGAUGCAACGACGAUGGCAGAUCUGCACGUGAUAGCACAUGUUUCAAAUUUAGUUAGUGUUCAAAUUGAUCAUUACCAGUAUUUGUUUCUUCUGCGCUUGGCCGAGGAACUGACUGAACUGGCUACGUUUUUAUCGUUAGAUUCGAAGCGAAUCCUACAAGCGGCAAACGUAGAGAACUCUAUCAUUGUUGGCUGUGUUAUACCACAGGUGGAAGUUUCACUUGUGAUGCCUUCACAAACUCCAGGCAAGGAGUCGAGCGGUGGGGAUGGGGAAAGCGUUCUUCCCGAUUCCGCUAGUUUAGGUGAUGAUCUUCUUACUAAUGGUUCAGGAUGGCCAAACUCAAUGGACCAAACAAGGAAUUCGAACAUCUUUAGCAGUACAGAUUAUCCUUCGCCUAUAGCUACCGAAGUACCGGUGGAAAUUCAACAUCAUCCUGUUCCAAACACUCAUGGACACAAUGUACAAAUUCAAAGCGUUCCAACGACGUCAUCGACUUCUGGUGUUGCAUCGGUUGAAACACCAUCAUCAUCAAUUGCAAUUGGAAAGCCCCAACAGCCGCUGCAGCAAUCAUCCCAACCGAGAAGCCGUAGCUCUGGAACCGAUUCAACGUCAUUUUCCAAAGAAAUCAACUCUGGUUUCAGUUCGGUGAAGAAGGGUUUCUCAAAUUUCAUGACGUCGAUCGAUUCGGCUCUGAAAACCAACAUGUCCGACGACGUAAGCGAUACGCUGUCGGUUCAGUCUGACCUCAGCUCUGAUUCGGAUAACUACGCGAUGCUGCUAGGAGAUUCGGAGAAGACGGCGGACUGUAUGGAUGUGAUGUUCAAGCUCAACCCGUUCAACAACGACAGCAAUAUGAAGGUAGCACCAAUCGAGGUGGCCAGCGAAGUUUGCGAGGAUCCUUAUCUGACGAAUAUGUCAUCGCCGUCCGAACCUUCCGAAGCCAGCAGUUUACGCCGAAGAGAUCUGGUUUCGAUGGUUACGUUUAGGUUAACUACCGUAGAAGUUAUUCGGCACAAUGUGGGAAAUACUUCGUCCAUUAGACUCCAGGUAUCCGCUGUUAGUUGCGAUGAGUGUGGUUCAAUUCCGUGGGAUGAAUUUCAGAGUGACCAGCAUAAGUCGAAGACCAAGUUUGGAACUAGAUGUAGAGCAUGGAACGUUGCACCGCAUAACCCGGAAGCACCGCCUUGUGUCGCUAUUAGAUUAGAGGAAACUCUCACGCUACCGGCCGAUUCUCUUAACAUCACGGAUAAGAAGUCCAUCCAGAGUUGGUUUAAGCGAAAAUUGAACGUUGAAGUGAAGAACAUCAACCUGCAACUAUCGAUGAGCACUGUCGUGGGCUUAGGAGAUCUGGCCGAAGAUGAGGUUAUCCCAACGCCAAUCCCAAUGGAAGUGAUAUUGGAGAAUGUGAAGAUCAACUUAAUCGAAGAUCGUCCACCGGUAAACAUAACGUCGCCAGGAACGCUUCCCAUGAACAUAGCAAUAGGUCGCAUGUUAAUAACCCGCGAUGAAGCCGGUGUAUUCUAUCUGCAACCAAUAGAUAAAGAAGAAGCUGUUCACCCAAUGGCGAUCAAAAGAUCCGAUAGGGACACCAACCGAAAAGAACGUGAUCGAGAAGUACUGUCACUACAGUUAGUGAUGCAACAACUUAAGCUGGAUAACGAAAACUUACGUAAACAGCUGAGUGGCAACGAGAAGGCAUCCGAAGCAAAUAAAGUAAAAUUCCGACAAGAAAAUGAAGUGCUUCGUACGUAUCUCAAAGCGGCUCAGGAUGACGUGAGCACCCUGUUGGAGGAGAAACGUACUCUGAUGGACACGAUUCGAUCUCUGCAGAACCAACUGACGGCCCUGAGCGACACACAUAUGAACGUAGCCGAUGGCAAGAGAUAGCACAACUGCAUGGACUGCAUACAGUGCUGUGGUGAAAACCCAUUCUAGUGGUAUCAGCCAGGGAAGGUUUAUCGUGGAUUUGAUUUAUGUCGCAUCCAGAGAUUCAGUUGUUUGUUACAUGUUGCAGUUUGAUGCUUUUCUUUCUACUAAUGAUAUAUUUUUCCUUUGAUUGGCUCAAACUCUACACUACAGAAAAACACAGUCUUCGAUAGAUGAUUGUGCUUUGUUCAUACUAGAGAAUUGUACUCGAAUAAAAUGAGUAUAAUGUGCAAGGCCAUGACGUAAGCCAAACUACGGGUUUAGUAUGAGCAUGGCAUAAUAAAUGCUAUUAACAGAAGUUAUCUAAAAAACAAAGAAUUCCAAAUUAAAACAACAAUCAGGGUUACUGUUCCGGUUCUUCAUUUCAUUACUCCCAUGAUUAUCCAAAAAGUCCGGCGAAAUUGGUCCAUUGUUAUAUGUACUUACUAUUUCACGAUGGGAUGAAUUUGUUACAUUGAGAUGAAGGAUGGAACAGUUUCCCUAGAAAGAGAAGCGAAACAAAAGCACCAUUAAACAUAUAGAAAGCAACUAAUCACCCACCGUAAAGCCUGUAUGAGUAAGCAGUCGGCAAACAAGGUUAGUCAGAGAAAUACAUUGUAUAAAUCGGAUAUUUAUAUGAUGUACUCCAAAGGUAGUUAUGGUUCGGAAUCCUUUCGUUUGCUUCAAUACGUAUAAAGACCAUUAAAGAAUCAAUAACAAAAAACGGAAUGUCAGGUCAUUUAACAAAAAGACAAUAUUCCAGUCAUUUAUUGCAAAGAAUGUGUUUCGCUAGACCUCUUGAAUAAACUCGAGCUUGCAGAGGCUCUGGAGACAACGAAGCAGCGAACCUCUUCAUACCAAACUGACUCAAACACAGACCAAAUCUAACUGUCGCUAUAAAUGUGAUUUCACUGUGUACAGUUCCGUUCCCGUGCACUAACCUGGUAUUUAAAAAAUAGUAUGAUGAACUGAGUCUUCAGAAUUAUUACCCCGAUUGAUGGUUGUUUAACAUAAUUUGGUUUGAAACAGGUACAAAUUUUUGAAUUAUUAAAUUUCUAGUAACUUCAUGACAUUCCUUAUUAACAUCAUUCACGUUUUCAAUAGGUACUACUUUUAAAAUUUGUUUCGUUUUGAAAUAUAUGCUCAUUUUUUCUAUUAAAUCACUCUGCAGAAAGAAUUUAUCUACUUUCGACUCCCGAGGAAGUUUCGUAUAGUAUCCUAUUAUUCCUGUACAUCAAGAAAGAGAAACACCGCUCAUAAUUCUUUCUCAAACUAUGCGAAGCAAUAGAUCAAAAAUUCCAUGUUAAUCAGUACGAUUAAUUUUCCUGGUGUUAGCGAAUAGGUAGUCAUUUCUUGUGAUAUUAAUUUUAGUUGCAUAGGCCAGUUACAAAAAAUAGAUGCUAGCAUAAGCUCUAACUAAAAGUAUGUACGCAAGCCUUUCCUGUUGUAUCGAUCACCUACCUUUUAUAAGAGAGUAAGAAAGGUUGGCAUUUAAAUUUUUCAUCCGGUACGAAACUAGGAACCAACUGAACGUCUGCGUUAGGAACAAAAGACUUAUUCAUUGAGUUAGUUCAUAACCAAAGAAAUAAAUCCAUGUGUAUUUUUGUAGUUUGUUAAAAAUAAAAUACCUUCUUUCAUCUUCUAUAUUAUUUCUAAUAAUAGCUUCGAAUUUCGAAAAGAAAAGUAAUUGUAUGACGAGUAUCUUUCUUGAGAUGCUAUAACAGUCCAACGGAAACAAUUCCCAAAAGUUUGAUUCAAGAAAAACAAUUCCCAGAAUGUGCCAUACCCCGGUAUGUCAUUUCCAAUGAAAGCAUAAAAAUCAGUGUAAACUACAAUAAUCACGCAGGUACAUUGAAUGAGUAAUAACAUCAUAGUUUCGCCUCAUAUAAAGGCGAAUGUUUGAAUCAAAUAUUGAAUCGAAAUCGAAAUGAUAGACUCUUAUUGGUAAUGUAUUUCGUGGAAAUGGUUAUCAAGUUCUAGGAAAUGAUUUUCUAGAAAAUAUUUCUGGACAAGCGUUAAGGUUAGGUUACAAUAUUAAAUGGGUUUAUUUUAAAUUUAGGGCAUAAGAGAAAAAAAAUCAUAGGAUAGCGAAUAAUGUCUAUUUAAAUGCAAUGUUCGACGGAUGUUAAAAACAAGAACAACUAAGAAUUUCCAGAUUCAUAUAUUUACCAUUAUUGCAAUUAUUGAAAUAUUCAUCAGAAUCAAUAAAAUGAGAAAAAUCACGCAGUAUAAAA